CGUACAGAAUGGUCGGGCUACGGCACAAGGCAGCCGCGCUGAAGGGUCUACGGCAGCGGCUCGCGACAGCGUCUACAGCAAGCUGGGCUACGGAUCCGGAAUUACUCGCUGUCAUGGUGAUGCUAUGUCUGUAUGAAAUCGUGGACGACUGUUCCCAACAGUGGACGGUUCACCUAAAAGGCGCCAAGGAUUUCAUUCGCCUGCGGCGACGGCAGCAGCAAAAGACCUUGACGAAGACGCCUGAUGCCCAAGACUCCGUGUCUACCUUUGCGGAGCUCUUCUUCGCCUUCCAGGACGUCAUGGGCCGGACUGCGUGCGGGGAGGAAGUCCUCUUCGGAAGUGACUACUGGGCGGAGAGCGAGCGCACAAUCGACCUGUGGAUGGGGUGCAGUCCCGAACUAGCAUCCAUCUUAUCCUACAUAACAGAGCUCAGUCGUACACGACGACACCUAGACUCUGAUUCAGCACGCGCGCAAUUUUCCCUCCGAGCCGCCUCCCUGGGAACCAAACUAGAAACCCUAGUCCAGGAGGUCCCGAACGGCGAAGACCAUACCCUCCAGUCCGCCGCGGAGAUGAAACGCCUCGCAGCAGUCCUGUACCUACACUGCGCGCUCUGCGGUGCAUCACCGACUACGCCACUAGUCGCCAGCUACGUUCGCCGCAUCCUGAGACUCGUCUUCGACCUUCUCGACUCCGGAUCGUUCGUCAGCAUUACCUGGCCUGUUUUCGUCGCUGCCGUGGAGCUGGACCCCGCGCAGGACGAACUCUGGCCCGAAACUCCCCAUCAUGCCGCUGCGUACGGGCGUCCGCUCGUACUGCGUGCUUUGGCGGCUAUGGCGGAGUCCAGUGUGUCUAAUGUAGCACGCACUCGCGCCGUAGUUGCUAAGGUGUGGCAGGCUCGCGAUGGGGAUAUGACCAAGGGCCCUCCACUGGAUGCGUCGGGGGUGAGUGCGAACUGUAAUGAUUGGGAGUGGUAUGUGGCGCCGAUUAGCACGGCGAUGAGUUUGGCAUGAUCAUUUAUGGGAGAGCGUUUGAUUCUGGUUCACAGCCAUCAUAUUGGUUUUAUUGGUUACUGUUUCGGGAGUUAUGGAAUUGGGUUCAGCGUGUGUUUUACAUGAUUUCUAAUAUAGUGUCUUUGAGAGACCAGACUUUAAUGCCCA